CCCUUGACUCUAAGGCGGGCCCAGAAGUUAGCUGUUGUCGUCACUAGAAAUGAGCGCAUGCGUGACAGGCUGCGACUCUCUACCCCCGUGGCUUUAUGAAAGCUGUAGGUAGCAGCACAUCGGAGAGCUGUUUGGAAACAGUGACAUAAGCAGAAGAAGGAGCUCGUUCGGGCUUUCGGCUGGUCCUCAUCCUUUCACCACCGUCGACUCUCGUGUUUGAGUUACUUUCCGCCUCCGGGUGUCUCGCGCUCCUCCUCGGCUGCUCAACACAAACCACGGGGACGAGCAGACGGACGUAACGUUAGCCGGGAGAGAGAGRGGGGAAGUGGGUUCCGUCUUCUCUUUUAUCAAGCAGAUGCUCCCAGCUGCCCAGCUUCACAGGAGUGAUGGGAUGUGUCAGCUAGGUGAGGCACUCCUGGAAAAUGUCUCAGAGCUGAAGGAGGAUUCAUCUGCAGCGUUUGGACCAGAGCAAGAUAAAGGAGGCACCGGAGAGGAGGAGAAGGAAAGCAUCAAAGACACAGACAUGGGCGUCGGGAAGAACACCACCUCCAAAUCGAUGGACRGCAACAGCGAGGGUGGAAAAUAUGAUGACGAGACCAAACAUGGCACGCAUUUCUACCCCAUCCCGGUGGUGGUAAAUGGAGUCGGCGGUGCCAGUGGAGACCAGGACACUGAGAACACAGAGCUGAUGGCCAUCUACAGCAAGGAUCAUCAAGCAGCAGAAAAGAGCUCAAUUUCUGAGACACUCGACAGCACAGACGGUGUGGAUGCACGGAGGAUGGAUAUGAUUUACACCAUUGAAGACACCCCACCCUGGUAUCUGUGUGUGUUUUUAGGCUUACAGCACUACCUGACCUGUUUCAGUGGAACCAUCGCUGUUCCCUUCCUCCUCUCCGAGGCCAUGUGCGUCGGCUUUGACCAGUGGGCCACCAGCCAGCUCAUAGGGACCAUCUUCUUCUGCGUGGGGAUCACCACCCUGCUGCAGACCACACUGGGCUGCAGGUUGCCUUUGUUUCAGGCGAGCGCGUUUGCAUUCCUUGCGCCGGCCAGAGCCAUCCUGUCGCUGGACAAAUGGAAGUGUAACGGCACAGAUCGUCCACUUCUGAACGGGACYGAGCUCCUUCAUACGGAGCACAUCUGGCACCCCAGGAUACGGGAGAUCCAAGGUGCGAUCAUUGUUUCCUCCCUGAUUGAGGUGGUCAUUGGAGCUCUAGGCCUGCCUGGGAUGCUGUUGAAGUACAUUGGGCCCCUGACGAUCACCCCCACUGUGGCCCUCAUCGGGUUGUCAGGUUUCCAGGCUGCAGGCGAGAGGGCUGGCAAACACUGGGGCAUUGCUAUGCUGACUAUCUUCUUGGUGCUGCUCUUCUCUCAAUACGCCAGGAACGUUCAAUUCCCCCUGCCGAUCUACAAAGCCAAGAAAGGCUGGACCUCCUAUCGCCUGCAGGUUUUCAAAAUGUUUCCUAUCAUAAUGGCCAUCCUGGUGUCUUGGUUCCUGUGUUUCAUUUUCACUGUGACGGACGUUUUCCCGCCGGAGAAGGACAAGUAUGGUUUCUACGCUCGGACAGACGCACGUCAAGGAAUCCUCACAGUUGCACCGUGGUUUAAGAUCCCUUAUCCCUUCCAGUGGGGCGCUCCCACUGUAACGGCUGCAGGUGUGAUYGGCAUGCUGAGCGCGGUGGUGGCCAGCAUCAUCGAGUCAAUCGGAGACUACUAUGCCUGUGCUCGUCUCUCAUGUGCUCCUCCACCUCCCAUUCAUGCCAUCAACAGGGGGAUAUUUGUAGAAGGUAUCUCCUGUGUGCUGGAUGGUGUUUUUGGGACGGGAAAUGGAUCCACGUCCUCCAGUCCAAAUAUAGGUGUUCUUGGAAUCACAAAGGUGGGCAGCAGGCGUGUGAUCCAGUACGGCGCCGCCAUGAUGCUGCUGCUGGGCCUCGUGGGUAAAUUCAGCGCCCUGUUCGCCUCCCUGCCCGACCCCGUUUUAGGAGCUCUGUUCUGCACCUUGUUUGGAAUGAUCACAGCCGUGGGACUGUCCAACCUGCAGUUCGUCGACCUCAACUCCUCCAGGAACCUCUUCGUUUUAGGUUUCUCCAUCUUCUUUGGUCUGAUGCUGCCGAGCUACCUCAAACAGAACCCGCUGGUCACCGGCAUUGUUGAAAUUGAUCAAGUCCUAAAUGUGCUGCUCACCACUGCCAUGUUCGUAGGAGGUUGUGCUGCCUUUAUUUUGGACAACACCAUCCCUGGUUCCCUUGAAGAACGGGGCAUCAAGAAGCUGAAACGUGGCGGUGGCCUCAGUUCGUCUGAGCUGGAGGGAAUGAGAUCCUACGACCUGCCGUUUGGCAUGGACUUCUUUAAACGACAUUCAGUUUUCAAGUACAUCCCCAUCAGCCCUGUGUUCACAGGCUACCACUGGGGGAGGCUACAAGAGAGGAGCAGAAAGGGACCUGGGGAUGCGGUGAAGGGAGGAGGAGCAGGAGGGGAAGGAAGCAACAGACUUGGGGAGAGUGGGGUAUAGCCGGCCAUCUGCAGCAAUUUUUUUUUCUUUUUUCCUUUUUCUUUUUCUUUCGAUGUGGCUGAAUUUGGGAGCAAGGGACGGUACACUAAGAUAAAAUGAUGGGAGGAUGGAACACGAACCCUGCGCAAAAUUGUUUGAAGAGAAUAUUUUGCAGCAAUGCCCCUGUCAGUAUGUUUUCUUAGGCUUGUAUCUUUUCCUGCUUCCCUCGAUGCUGUUUUUAAGCAUGCUGUAGUUAGUCACAGCAUGUGUUAAACGACGUCACCAUUCAGAGUUUAGCUGGUGCGUGUGUUUGUACUGUAUGCAGCAAGAGAGCUUUAAUUUACUUCCAGGAGGCAGUUUGGAUGAUCAAAGCUGAAAGUUUGAUGAUUCACGGACUCAAACUUGCUGCCAGCUUGUGUUCCCCACAUUUCAGAGAAAUACCUUCUACUACAAGCACAGUGGAGGAUAUUUGUUAUGCAACCACAUUGGAGAUAUACACGCACACACACCGACAGCCUUGGUAGAACUAGCUUAAAGAGCUACGAUGCACGAUACGGGGUCAUGCAGGCUAGUGGRAGUAGUUUGUCAGGUGCCCUUAGCAAUGCAAAGUGAUUGUGAGAUUUGUUUUUGCACUAUCUGCCUCCUGAUUUCAAAACUAGAAUGUCGCUUCACAGCUUUUCCUCUUUUUAAUUUUUUUUUUUUCCACUGCAGUCUUCCUUUAAGGUGGUAUCUCACUGGGCUGCGACAAACUGAUGAACAGUUUUUGCAUGAAAGGCUUCAAAAUGUCCUGUUUUUGUUUUUUCCAUAAAAUAAUCAAAGUUUUUGCAGUUGUUUAAACCCUUCUGGUCCUCUCCAACCCAUAUCUCUUUUAUUUUAAAUCGUAAACCAUGGGGCGGUUUUAAAGGUGUGUUUGAAGCAGCCGCCUUAACAGUUCUUUGAAAUAAUGUGCGCAGCCUGUUAGAAGCUGUGUACCUGAAAAUAGGCUGUCAUUUUUAACGGCCUCGUCUCAUUGAGAUACCACCUUUUUGAAGCACAUCACRUCCCUUCACUCUUAAAUUAACUCGUUUUGUUAAUGUUCAKAAAAUAUCCCAAAAGGAUCACCAGUUUACAUCUCCUCACCGUGUCGAUAUUACUGCACGUUACCAACGAUGAAAGCACUCAGCUUUCUGCUAAAUGAGAGAAGCUUUUAAAACGUGUCUGCGACGCAGCGUGUGUAUAAAAGCACAGGAACAGAUGUGGCCGUCAUUAAGGAGGCUUUGCUCACAGAAGGCUUGAAAUGGUUWAACAAUAACGGCAACGUUGAUUUCUCUCUGCGCGGUGACUGCAGAGGUUUCUGAUCUUCUGUCCGGGGUUUCGUCUCAAAGCUUUUACUUGUCACUUUUGCUCCUCGUCAGCAGUAAUCUCCUGCUAUCCCAGCUUACUCUGUGUUUCCGUCAGUCAGGUUUUAGCUGAACAGUAGUUAGGAUGGUGGUAUUUUUUUGAGGUAAAAGGUCUUUGUUUCCUUCUCGACGUCACAACUGUAGCUGUUUUCACUGCCGAUGACGUUCCUCCCUCAUUCACGCUGCUGUAAUUUAACUGCUGGUAAUAUGUCUGAUGUUAGCACCACCGUGAUGUUUUUUUUUAAUCUGCACCUUAUGCGCCGAGGUGUGACCCUACUGAGGUAAUCUGACCACACUGUGUGCCUCUGCUGCUUUUAACUGAAACACAGACAGAAAAAGUCCUCAAAAAUGUUGAUCCUAUUUUACGAAACCAAAAUACUAAAAAAAAUGUUUUUGUAUUUUGCUGUCAUGUUACACAAAACCAAAACUUUAAACAGAUUUGUUUCUACUAUAGCCUUCCCUACUCAUCUCCUGUUAAAGCUAUUUAUUUAUUUAUAAAAUCAUUAACUUUUUUAUUUUGCAGCAAGUUUAUUCGUUCCAGCGUGGGACAGUGUUAAAUUAUAUUUAUCAGUUUACAUUUUUAUGUCCUGUAUAGACUUGUGUAUUACUGAUUUGCUGCUUUUCAGCUAACAGGCUCGGCAUGUUUUUAAGCAACUCUGAGGGGCUUUUUGGUAAAGAUUACUUCUAUUCCAUUCCAUUUCUGCUGUACAAAGUUGUGGUUAAAAGCAAGAAGUAAAGACUUCAAAUGUUCAACUAAUUUAUUAGUUCAGAUUUCAGAGUCAGGGCCUUUUUACUGCAACUAAUUGCACAUAAGAUGGUGCCAAGAAAAUCAGGGUUCAGGUGGGUAAAAACCUGGAUCCUAAAAUAGUCUCAUUAGUGUUACUGUUUUUGUUUACUGAUCAGAAUACAAGCUGUUUGUCUUUGUUGGCUUUAUAUAUUUUUCUUGUAUUUAGUUUCYGAUUGUCUAUAUAGUAUACAUUAUUCACUUACUUUUUCUGGUUUUCUUCCUUGUUAUCCAGUAAAUCACAUUUCAUAAAAGCUAUUUUAUUUAAAGCUGAAGCAAAAAUCCAACAUUUGCACAAACUUGGAUUAUCUUUUAAUAGAUUUGGUCUUAACUCUUGUGUUUUGAAUUUGGUUUUCAGAGUCCUCACAAUUUCAUUUAAAUUUAAAGUUAAUGCAAAUAAUUUGUUUAAUUUUUUGCAUUUUGUGUAACUAUCAUAGCCUAACUGAUCCUUUUAAAAAAGUAAAUCAUUGGUGCUAAGCUUGAAUACAGUGUCUGCUACGGCUAAAACAUGCGUUCAUCACAAACCAUCAAAGACCUAACAUUCCUUGAUUGGGUGCAUAUUGCCCAAAUCACUUGGAGGUGGUUUGAUGACAUUACUCACAUAUUUUCAUCACUGUUUUURUACUGUUUUAUUGAAAUGUCCACUGUUAUUUAAGAUCCAGCAGGCUGGAAUUUAAACACAUUUAAAUAUUCACAGUAACUACUCAGAUUGUCAAAAUUGCAGCUGAAUUUGAGACAAAUUUAUAUGAAUCAAAACACAUUAAAGUAACAAGCUUUUGUAUGACUAAAAGUUCACAUUGAUUUAAUCAGUGUAAAUGUUGGAUUUUAACUUUAGUCUUAUCAAAUAUUAAUUAAAAUGUGGUCCAUCACAUUGAAUCAGAGAUAAAGUUAGAUUAGGUCAGAAUAGAUUUAGCUCAUUUCUGGCUUUUUCAGACUAUCUUGAUGUCAUUAGCAGAUCCAGAUAAAUUGCUUGAUUUGACCCCUGGAAACUUAGUCUGAUUCCUAUUUUUAGUGUAUUUAAAUGAGGAUUUAUUUUAAAGAGAAAACCCCAAACUAUUUGGAUAUCUGGAUUUCUCUGCUGAUUGACAAUAGCUUCAGAGAAAUUUAUGACUUCUGUGCCUAAAAUCAUUGUUGGUUGUUGGUAGUGCUCAGAAAAUGCUUCAAACAUUAUUUAGGAUUAUAUUUAAAACAUUUCCUUCAAGUGAGCCAUAAAUAAGGAUUUCGUUAUCUUUUGACAGCAUCAAAUUAUCACAAAUACUUCAACCAGUUGGUGCGUAAAUACAGUACUUAUAACUUAAUUCUUGGUUUAAUGUGACGGGUCUGAAAUAAAACGAUCCUAGAUAAGAUGGAAGAAACUUUUCCACACUGCUACUGCUGUCAUCGUCUUAUACAUCCUCUCAGAGAUGAAGGUGGUGCUGUUUUAUAUUUUUUAUCUUUUUGCACACUUUGUGACCCUGUUAUAUGCAGCCUUUCCCACCACAUUGUCCCUCCUCUCGUUGCUCUGUUUCACCCCCUCCUCAGUGGUCGUUUAUAGCUGUUGGUGUACCUGGUUCUCUCCCUUGGACUUUUGACUCUUCAUGUUUCUGGAAGCAGGAGGAAAACACCUGCUGGUCACCUUCCUAAGAGCCUGCUGUUUGUUGGCAGCUGAGUGCACCCUUAUUAUCCCUUAUUAUCCCAUAACGUCACAACAGACAUGAAUCAUCUUUGUGCCUAAAAGCAGCUUCCUGUUGACUCGACRGUCCCAACUCAAGUUUUUAAUCUAWUUUACGUGUUGUUACAGAGGUAGCCCAGUUACAGUCAAAUCUAAUGGUUUUUCUGACAUUUUAGGUCAGUUAAACUCUUGGCUCUUAAGAAGGUAACCAUAAGGUGUGUAACACGAUGACGUUGAUCCCUUUCAGUUAUUUUGAAGGGGAACUCUACCUGAAGAUUAUACUUCUGUGUAAAGUGUUUUUAUGUUUUUUAUGCAUCAUUUUUGUUUUUGCAAGCAGAAAUUUGAAAGAAAAAUCUACUUUUAUUCUUAAAUCAUGCUGGAAAAUGCACCACUUUGUUGUAUUUUUUUAUUUAAAAGUUUAAUACAUUUUUUUUAUUAUUUGAGAUUAGAUUAAAUACUUUAUCUGUUGGACCUUUAUUUAGUUUUAGUUUUAUUUUAACAUUGUUUUUUGUUUAUGUAACACAGUACCAGUAUGAUUCAAAGAACAAGCUAAGAAACUUUAAAUAAAUGUAAAAAAAACAAUAAAACUUGUAUAUUUAAUGUUGCUGAACACUCUGGAAGAUCAACUGUGUAAACUAACUGUAACAUUGAGAUGAUUUAUUCUUUGUUCUUAUAUUUAAUAAGAUGUUACGCAAUGAAUUCA